AUGGCAAGAAGAGAGAGAAAAAGAAACUCUGAAUAGGAAAAAAAAAAAAAAAAAACCGGUGGAAAGUGAUGAAGCGGUGUCUAUGUUGUGUUGCCGGUUCACACCAUAACAGCUCUUCUUUUUUUUUCUCGAUUUUGGAUGUCGAAGUUUCUUUGUUAAAGUUACGGAUCCUGCAUUGUUGAAGAGGAACGACAGGUCGUUUUGAAUGGGGGAGAAAUGUGCAGGAUAGAGAGAAAGUGUGGAGGAGGAGAGUAUGGGGGUAGUUAAAGGAGUAGAAAAGAUAAGGAUUAGUAUAUCAAGGCCGUCGUCGAAAAUGAAGGUGUGGAUGAUAAGGGCAACGACGUCGGUUUUGUUGUGGACAUGUGUGGUUCAGUUGACGACAAUCGGUGAGAUGUGGGGUCCUAGGGUUUUGAAAGGUUGGCCUUCCCAAUCUGCCUCUGCCGCCUUGCAAGAGAAUGUUCCUUCUCUCCCUGCUCGCGUUUUGCCUCCAAAGAGGGUUUAUAAGAACAAUGGAUACUUAAUGGUCUCGUGCAAUGGAGGUCUUAAUCAAAUGAGAGCUGCGAUAUGCGAUAUGGUUGCUAUUGCUAGAUAUUUGAAUGUUACACUUAUAGUACCGGAACUGGAUAAAACCUCCUUUUGGGCUGAUCCCAGUGAGUUCCAAGACAUAUUUGAUGUGGAGCAUUUUAUCACAUCAUUAAGGGAUGAGGUUCGCGUAUUGAAAGAAUUGCCUUCCAGGCUGAAGCAGAGAGUGGAACUGGGGAUGACUUAUACCAUGCCACCAGUUAGUUGGUCGGAUAUUUCUUACUAUUAUAACCAGAUUCUUCCUUUGAUACAGAAGUACAAAGUUGUACAUCUAAAUAAAACUGAUGCUCGACUUGCCAAUAAUCACCAACCUCUAGAGCUGCAGAAGUUGCGCUGCCGUGUGAAUUUUUUUGCUCUGAGAUUCACCACUCAAAUAGAGGAGUUGGGUAAGAGAGUUAUAAGGCUUCUAAGGCAAAAUGGUCCCUUCUUGGUACUCCACCUUCGAUAUGAAAUGGACAUGCUGGCGUUUUCUGGCUGUACUCAAGGUUGCAACGAUGAAGAGGUGGAAGAAUUGACAAGAAUGAGAUAUGCUUAUCCUUGGUGGAAAGAAAAAAUAAUAAAUUCGGAUUUGAAGAGGAAAGAUGGGUUGUGUCCUUUGACACCUGAGGAAACAGCUCUCACGUUGAGGGCACUGGACAUUGAUCCAAAUAUGCAAAUAUAUGUUGCAGCUGGUGAAAUAUAUGGGGGUGAUAGGAGAAUGGCAAGUCUUGCUGCAUCUUAUCCAAAACUGGUCAGAAAGGAAACACUGUUGGAACCAUCAGACCUUAGGUUCUUCCAGAAUCACUCAUCUCAAAUGGCAGCAUUGGAUUAUCUUGUUGCAUUGGAGAGUGAUAUUUUUGUCCCUACCUAUGAUGGAAACAUGGCUAAAGUUGUUGAAGGCCACCGCAGAUUCCUUGGCUUUAAGAAAACAAUUUUACUGGACAGAAGGCUUUUGGUUGAUCUGAUAGAUCGAUACACUAAUGGAUCGCUGACCUGGGAUGAAUUUUCGUAUUAUGUAAAAGAAUCCCAUGCAGAUCGGAUGGGCGGCCCAACAAAAAGGCUGGUGAUCCUUGACAGGCCUAAAGAAGAGGAUUACUUCUAUUCAAACCCAGAAGAGUGUUUGCAGUCAUCAGAGGAUCCAUUGAGCAGCACAUGAUCAUUAUUUGACGAAAUAUUACAUAAAUCAGUCUCACAGUGCUAGCCAUUCUACCACAUUGUUCUCUACAAGAGGUACAGUGUUAAUGAAGGAGUUUGCUUUCAAUAGGCAUUAUAGUGUUUGGUGAACUUCAAGAAAGCCUGAGAUGAUGUGUGGAAGCAAACCUAGGUUAGUAUUAUAAAAUAUACUCCAAGACUCCAAUUCAUGUAUAGAAGCUCCUCUGCCAUUACAGGGUGAUGCCAGAUUGACAAGAUUGGGUUGUCCAAGUAUAAAAGCUCCCCCAGUCAUUUCAUGGAAGGUUAAUCCGUCGUCCUUCCAUUUCCUUUUUGUACUUUUUUUUUUCUAUUGGAUCUUUCGCCAUCUUGUGAGUUCCUAACAUAUCACUUUCUAAAAUUUCCUUGCUAUGAAAGAUCACUGCUGCUCCUUUUUUUAUUAUA